UCUAAGGCAAAAAAAUGUCAGCGUACUGUAUGUUCACGUGUGGAAUGUUUUGAUUUGCUUAUUUACAACAUUAAAUAUAUUGCAAUGGCAAGAGAAACGUAAUUACCUUAGAUUUAUUGCCAUUAAUUAAACACAAAAUGACAAAAUUUGUUUUGCCCUUGGAUUGGCAGUUGUCACUGGCUGUGAACUGUUGCAUAAGCCUCAUUUAGUCGGCAAGGCACAGCUCUUCCGAGUCACCGUGUCAGAAACUGUGACGAGUCGGGCUCAUAGCUCCUCACCUGUGCAGACACAUUCGUGGUGAUCGUGUGCGCCACUAAUACUACGGAAUAUGAAUUCUAUAAGGAUACUUGGAGGGUCACCUUUGCGGCCAUCAUCUCUGUGGAAGGUUUUGGUACAGUACCGGACACUAAAAACUUCCCCUAUAUGGCGUCAGAAGGCCCCAGGAGUUCAGAACAAUUCAAAGACAGCCGUGCCAAAGAUUUCUGAAGUAAAGCGAAUAAUUGGCUUGGCUAAACCAGAAAGAUUGAAAUUAGCAGGUGCGUUGGGGCUGCUGGUGGUGUCCAGUAGCGUGACCAUGGCCGUGCCGUUCUGUAUCGGGAAGGUGAUCGACAUCAUCUACACAGCGUCACAGGAGGGGAAGAUGGAGGAGAGACUCAAUUCACUCUGCAAGAUAUUACUGGUGGUUUUUCUCAUCGGAGGAGUCGCAAACUUUGGACGGGUCUAUUUGAUGACGGUCGCUGGCCAAAACAUUGUGAAGAGUCUUCGAGAAAAGUUGUUCAAUUCAGUUAUGAAGCAAGAAAUUGGAUUCUUUGACAAAACUAAGACUGGGGAGCUGAUAAAUCGUUUGUCGGCCGAUACAUCACUUGUUGGACAGUCUGUGACAAACAACAUAUCUGAUGGACUGAGGUCGAUAGCACAAGCUGUAGGUGGGGUUGGGAUGAUGGUGUAUGUCUCUGCCAAGCUAACAGCGAUAUCCUUAGGCAUUGUGCCGCCAGUGGCCCUUGUGUCUAUCAUAUAUGGUCGGUAUGUGCGGAACAUCACCAAGCAAGUACAGUCCUCUCUGGCCAAUGCCACUCAGCUUGCUGAAGAGAAGGUGGGCAACAUCCGCACCGUGCGAGCAUUUGCACAAGAAGAGAAGGAAUGUGAAGCCUAUAACCAAAAGAUCGACCAUGUUCUGAAGUUGUCAUACAAGGAAGCAUUGGCUCGUGGAGUCUUCUGGGGAUUUACUGGGGUGUCUGGUAACGCCAUCGUGCUGUCAGUGUUCUACUACGGAGGGCUGAUGAUGACCGAGUCACAGAUGACAGUCGGAGAGCUGUCGGCGUUCCUCCUGUAUGCAGCCUACGUGGGAGUGUCUAUGGGAGGCUUGACGACAUUUUACACCGAGCUGAUGCGUGGCCUGGGGGCAAGUUCCCGACUCUGGCAAUUGAUGGACAGACAGCCCCAGAUUCCUGUGACAGCCGGUCUAUCACCGUCCAGUUCGCCGCAGGGCAACAUUAGCUUCAACAACAUCAAUUUCCAUUACCCAUCCCGUCCCGAGACAACAAUUUUCUCGGACCUGAGCUUGAAUGUCCCAUCUGGCUCUGUGACUGCCGUGGUUGGUCCCAGUGGGUCGGGGAAGUCCACGCUAGGUGCUUUGCUUCUCCGCAUGUAUGAUCCCACGCAGGGAAGUGUCCAACUUGAUGGCCAAGAUAUCCGUGAGUUGAACCCCACCUGGCUCAGGAAUCAGAUCGGAACUGUAAACCAGGAGCCUGUGUUGUUCUCCUGCUCCAUCGGUGAGAACAUCGCCUACGGUGCCUCUGACCCAACCGCUGUGACAAAGGACCACAUUGUUAUGGCAGCCAAACAAGCAAACGCUUACAACUUUAUCCAGUCAUUCCCGGAGGGCUUCCAGACUCUUGUCGGGGAGAGAGGACACAUGCUGUCAGGUGGCCAGAGACAGAGAGUUGCUAUAGCAAGGGCGAUCUUGAAGGAUCCCAACAUUCUACUUCUGGAUGAAGCUACGAGUGCCCUGGAUGCAGAGAGCGAGUAUCUUGUACAGGAAGCCCUGGAGAGGCUGCUGGUAGACCGGACAGUUAUCACAAUAGCUCACAGACUCUCUACAAUCAAAACAGCCAGUCAGAUAGCUGUGAUAAACGAUGGCUGUAUCGUAGAGGUUGGCAGCUACGAUGAACUGAUGUUGCUGACAGAUGGGAUGUUUCGGAGAUUGGUCGAAAGACAAACUAUAACACGAUGAGAAGCAGCAUAAUUUACAGACACAAGUUCUACAUCAAAAUAUAUAUUAAUAUAUCAGUGAUAGUGUUCCACUAGUACCUUAGUCACAUGGGUUAGGGACUGUGUUGAGAUCAAGGGGAGGUAAUCUAACCCGACCAUUCAGGAUAAGACCGUAUACCAAUACAGGGCUGUCCUCAUAUUACCCCAUUUCACCUGCACCUCUAUCAAAACAAAUUUAUGGAUGAGUGCACAAAACACAAUCACCUUCAUCCCUUUAAGAUAAUUAACUCUUCACCUUAUAGUAGCUGGGAUGUAAGUGAUGUAUCACCUUAUAGUAGCUGGGAUAUAAGUGGUUUAUCACCUUAUAGUAGCUGGGAUGUAAGUGGUCUAUCACCUUAUAGUAGCUGGGAUGUAAGUGAUGUAUCACCUUAUAGUAGCUGGGAUAUAAGUGGUUUAUCACCUUAUAGUAGCUGGGAUGUAAGUGGUCUAUCACCUUAUUGUAGCUGGGAUGUAAGUGGUCUAUCACCUUAUAGUAGCUGGGAUGUAAGUGGUCUAUCACCUUAUAGUAGCUGGGAUGUAAGUGGUCUAUCACCUUAUAGUAGCUGGGAUGUAAGUGGUUUAUCACCUUAUAGUAGCUGGGAUGUAAGUGGUUUAUCACCUUAUAGUAGCUGGGAUGUAAGUGGUUUAUCACCUUAUAGUAGCUGGGAUGUAAGUGAUGUAUCACCUUACAGUAGCUGGGAUGUAAGUGGUUUAUCACCUUAUAGUAGCUGGGAUGUAAGUGGUUUAUCACCUUAUAGUAGCUGGGAUGUAAGUGGUCUAUCACCUUAUAGUAGCUGGGAUGUAAGUGGUUUAUCACCUUAUAGUAGCUGGGAUGUAAGUGGUUUAUCACCUUAUAGUAGCUGGGAUGUAAGUGGUCUAUCACCUUAUAGUAGCUGGGAUGUAAGUGGUCUAUCACCUUAUAGUAGCU